GGAGACCAGCGUUACUCCUUAUCGAUGGUUGAACCGGCGGAGAGUUCAUCUACGGCGGCGGCGGCGGCGGCAGCUCUGUCAUCAAAAGAUAAUAAUAAUAAUAAGCCAGUGAUUGUUAGAGUUAAACGGAAAUCCUACCACUCUCCACUUGAAGCUUUCUGGCUUGAAAUAAAUGAACGACCAGCUAAACGACCAUUGUUGGAUUUUGCUAACCUAUCUAUUACCAACAACAACAACAACAACAAUAAUUCAUCUUCACAAGUUGAGGAACUCAAGUCCAAAAAGAUUUUUGUGCAACAUGUGGAGACUGUGAGCAGCUCUGAUGUUGCGGUUGAUAUACUUCAGUCAUUUGUGGCUAGCAAGCCAAAUGCACUUGAUUCUAAAGCAAAAGUUGAGGACCAAAGGCGCAGUAACAAAACUGAUAAUAAACAAAAGCAGUUGCUAGUAAAAGCUAAAGAAGUGCAAGAGCUUUUGGCAAAGAAUGCUCGCUUUAAGCAAAUAUGGAAGAGCCGGAGGGAGAAAGAUACCGCUGCAUCUGAUAAUGCAUUGCAUGACAUGUGUCAUCUGUAUGAUGUUGAGCGUGUGGAUGUUGGGGAGACUACUGAGGUGCACGAGGAAGAAGAUGAGGAGGAUCAAAGACUAAUGCGCAGUUUCUUGCCGCUUUUACAAGAGUUUAUUCCAAGUGCUGCAGAGGAAAUUGAAUCUGAUAUUGACUACCAAGUGGUAAAAAAAGCAGCAUCCAAGGAUGAGUAUGUAUAUGAUUUGUAUGCUGUUAAGGAUAACAACAUCAGUGUGAUGGAGGAAGAUACUGUCUCUCCAUUUCCAUUUGUCCAAGUUGAUGAGAACGAUGAUUUCUACAAUGGACCAGAUAAUUCAGACUAUGAAACUGAUGAUUCUAAUGCUGAAGACAAUCCCUUGAAUGAUUAUCCUGAUGAAGAGGAAGAGGAAGAGGAGGAAGAGGAUGAAGAAGAUGGUGAUGAAAGCUCUGAUGAAAAUUCAAAGGAAGGUGACAGCGAGUUUUCAGAAUCUGAAAUUAUAAGAGACGAAGGUUUCUCGGACGAUGACAUGCUGAUAUACCAUGAUGAAGAAGAUGAUGACGAGGCCUACUGGUAACGUGUUUACAGUUUUCUUGAUUGUGUAUAUGAAACACACUCUUAAUCAUGCACAGUGCAAGUAGAUGAUAGGGUCGUACUUUGUUGAUAUUACGUCUCCGUGCUCUUAGUUUGUAAAACCAUGAGGGGAUGUAAUUCAGAUAUGAACUGAGCUAGUUACUCCGCCGAUUUUGGAAUUUGUUCUAACCAGUGUAUUAUUGUCAUAUUGUGAAAGGCCUUUGUUGGA